GUUUUAUUUUAUAAAGAUGGCGGCGAGGGGGACACUGUGAACUAAAUGACUGUCAGAAACAUCGCCUCCAUUUGUAAUAUGGGCACCAAUGCCUCGGCUCUGGAGAAAGACAUCGGCCCGGAGCAGUUCCCCAUCAACGAGCACUACUUCGGAUUGGUCAACUUCGGGAACACCUGUUACUGUAACUCGGUGCUCCAGGCGCUCUACUUCUGCCGGCCUUUCCGGGAGAACGUGCUGUCGUACAAAGCCCAGCAGAAGAAGAAGGAGAACCUGCUCACGUGCCUGGCGGACCUCUUCCACUCCAUCGCCACGCAGAAGAAGAAAGUGGGCGUCAUCCCGCCCAAGAAGUUCAUCUCCCGCCUCCGGAAGGAGAACGACCUGUUCGACAACUACAUGCAGCAGGACGCCCACGAGUUCCUCAACUACCUGCUGAACACGGUGGCCGACAUCCUGCAGGAGGAGAAGAAGCAGGAGAAGCAGAACGGGCGCCUCAAGAACAACAACGGCGCCGCCGCCGUCCCCGCGGAGGUCGAGCCGGAGAACAAGACGGAGCCCACGUGGGUCCACGACAUCUUCCAAGGAACCCUGACCAACGAGACGCGCUGCCUCAACUGUGAGACGGUGAGCAGCAAAGAUGAGGACUUUCUGGAUCUCUCUGUGGACGUGGAGCAGAACACAUCAAUAACGCACUGUCUCAGAGACUUCAGCAACACGGAGACGCUGUGCAGUGAAUACAAAUACUACUGCGAGGCGUGCUGCAGCAAGCAGGAGGCCCAGAAGCGGAUGCGCGUGAAGAAGCUUCCCAUGAUCCUGGCGCUCCACCUGAAGAGGUUCAAGUACAUGGAGCAGCUGCACCGCUACACCAAGCUGUCCUAUCGAGUGGUUUUCCCCCUGGAGCUGCGUCUGUUCAACACGUCCGGCGACGCCGUCAACCUGGACCGCAUGUACGACCUGGUGGCCGUGGUGGUUCACUGUGGCAGCGGUCCCAACAGAGGCCAUUACAUCACCAUCGUGAAGAGUCACGGCUUCUGGCUGCUGUUUGAUGACGACAUCGUGGAGAAAAUCGACGCCCAGGCCAUCGAGGAGUUUUACGGGCUCACCUCGGACAUCUCGAAGAACUCUGAGUCCGGAUACAUCCUCUUCUACCAGUCCAGGGAGUGACUGGAGUGACGCAGGAUGAGACUGAAUAGGAUGAGACCUUGUUUGUUUGUUUACCUUCAGCACUAAAAGACUCCAUCUCCAUCUCACCCUGCUCACACCCUGCAGGUCAGACCUCUCUGAUGUAUGUGCCAAUCUCUCUCUCUCUCUCUCACUCUCUCUCUCUCACUCUCUCUCACUGCAUCUGGACUGCACUUUAAAAUGGAAAAGCAAAAAUAUUUAUGACCGUAAAAAACUAAACGGCGCCUCGUGCGCUUGGCGUCGACCGGUGGGAGGAGCCAGCGGAGAUGAUUGGCGACCAGGAACGUGAUUGGACGACGGGUCUGGUGCACAGUCUGUUGUUGUUGUUGUUGUUUGUCACUUGUGUGUGUGUGUGUAUACGGGUCGUCUUCCGUGACACGUCACCCCCUAAUUACAGGACCGGUGUGUAGGAUUUAGCCGAUACAGAUCAUGGACUUUUUUUUUGUCUUUGUCAUCGUCCCAAAAGUUUUUAAACCAUCAAAACUUUAUACUUUUACUUUAAUUAAGAAAUAAAAUAUUAUAUAUUUAUUCAUUUAAAACAAAUCUUCUCUGCAUAAGAUUUGCGUCUUGUGUGAAAAGACGGUUAGAAAAUAAAUGUUGUGACGUGUAAAUAUCAAAUGUUGGCAGAAGAAAAUAUAAAUGCAUUUGGCCACGCCCACUUUUCAUACCAUUGGCCUCACCGAUGCGUUAUCUUUGUUUAUAGAGCGUCUUUGUUGCAACUAAAUAACCCUCCGCUCUCUUUACAAAGAAGUAGAGAACUACGGUGGCCUUCAGGGAACAUAAUAAACGUGUUUGGUGUGUCACGGUAGAAACAUGGCGGACUCCGCCUUAUCGCUACCUCCAUAAACACGAAGGGCUCCUUCCACGAAUUAUACUCCGUUAAAAACACAAUAAGGUGGUUUCAGGUGGUUACACACUAAUAAAAAGUUAAAUAGUUACGAUAAAAACAUUCCUGUCGAGCAAUCCUACGCACUGGCCCUUUAAAUCCUUCCAUUAGGGCUACCCCCCCCCCCCCCUCCCACUGCAUGAGAAGUCAAUGCAGUGGAAAACAAACACUGUAUAAUAGGCACAGAGAGAGAUUUCAUGCUUCUUUCUUUUUUUUUUUUAAAGCAAUAUCUGAGCACUAAAUCCAAAAGAAGUCUCAAGCUGAGAACUACCUGAACUUUGACUGUUGUGCCGGUGGUUCGAUCCCGUAGAAAAACCGCCGGCGUCGGUCCGACCUCACGUGAUCGACUCUUAAUCCACCCGAGCGUAAUGCUCUUAACGCUUCCAUUCAAACCAGCUGAAUCUUUAUUGUUUGUGUUCCAAUACAAAACCCACAUUUAUUGUGCUUAACAUAUUUAUUACUGUUGUUUGUAAUGCAGAUAGUGUGUGUGUG